UCUCAAUCACAGCUCACCUCCCAGAUUUCGGCAAAUGAGUCAUGCCGAAGGUUAGCCCAAUAGUGCAACAAGUGUCAGGUAGGGAGCCUAUUCUUGAGGCCAUCGCGGAAGCAUUUAACAAUGCCGCAGCCGCCCGCGUUUGCAACUAGUUGAUGGAAACAUCAAACAUCGACCACUUUGGCCGCCUGUUUUGGCCUCCCAUUUGGUCUCCUACUUGGCCUUCUAUUUUGGUCCCAACUGUCGACCCCUGCAAUCGCUCCAAUAUUGCACUAACACGACCAACAACCAACCAACAGAGUUCAGCCCCCUUGUGAAAAAGGCCAAUCAGACAAUGGCGCCCUCUCUCGAAGCGCUGCUCAAGCACUACGAGUUCGACCCAAGCUUGCUUGAUCGUGUCUCGUUCCGCAGGUCUAAACCCCCGCUGGCUAUCGUCGAGCCUGAUCCCUCUUGGCCGCAGACAUUCAGCCUCGUCAAGGCGCGUAUCGAGUCAGCUCUCGGUUCGACCAGCCUAUCCAUUGCCCACGUCGGUUCCACGUCGAUCCCGGGUCUUCCGGCCAAGCCUGUAAUCGACAUCGACUUGGUCGUCAAAGACGUGACUGACGAGGCCUCAUAUGUUGGGCCGCUCGAGGCCGCCGGGUUUCAUUUCCUAACUCGGGAACCAGGCUGGCAUGGGCACCGCUUCUUCUGCGGAUAUGAGCCGAUGUCGACCAAUCUGCAUGUUUGGGGUCCCGAUUGCCCAGAGACCGCUCGUCACGCUAUAUUUACGGACUGGUUGAGGCGCAAUCAGGCGGAUCGGGAGCUGUAUGCGAAGACAAAGAGUGAGGCGGCUGAGUUGAGCAUCGAGAAGGGGGAGACUGUGAUGGAAUACAACAAGCGUAAGGAAGAAGUAAUUCGUGAGAUUUUAAUGAGAGCUUUUAAAGACCUUGGGUAUUUGUAGUACACUUAACAACAUUAUUAAUGUUUCCUUGAGAGGAUGGGGUAUUGAUUGGGAAUAUGGAAAAGGGCAGGAACUAAACCAAUAUUGGUGUGCUCAACUACAAAAACAUGUCAGAACAUUGAGACUAGAAUGAAAAGAACAAACCAUAGGUAUCCAAAUUGAAUGAGAAUAAUUUUGGUAAAAGAC